AUGCAACUCAGUUCAGCUCUUGCCUCUGGAGCACUACUUAGUGCUACUGCCUUGGCAGCCAACUCCACUUCCAACGUCCCAUCGUCUUGUUCCAUCAAGAGCGGUGCCUCCGUCACCGCCCAAGCCGACUUGGACAAGUACGCCGGAUGCCAAACUUUGGUCGGUGACCUAACCAUCAGCGGACAAUCGCUAACCGGUUCCGCUGCGCUCGCCAACGUGCAGGAGAUCGACGGGUCGCUCUCCGUGUUCAACGCAACCAAAUUGCAAUCCUUCUCCGCCGACAAGCUCAGCAAGAUCUCCGGCUCUCUAGAGAUGAAGUACUUGACUUUGCUUGAGUCUGCUUCGUUCGGUGCGUUGCAAGAAGUUAACUCCAUCGAGUUUGUCACUUUGCCAGCCAUCAGCUCCGUCGCUACCAACUUGAAGACCGUCGACCAGUUGCUCGUCUCAGACACCAACCUAGAGUCGAUCGACGGUUUCAACAACCUUGAAAAAGUGAGCGUUUUCAACGUUAACAACAACAGAGGUUUGUCAAAAAUCAACUCUCAAUUGCAAUCGGUUUCCGACGCUUUGCAAGUCAGCUACAACGGUCAAGAUGCCAAUGUCAAGUUCGACAGCUUGUUGUGGGCCAACAACAUCACCGUGAGCAACGUCAGCUCCAUCUCUCUAGGAAAGUUGCAAUCCGUCAACGCUUCUUUGGGAUUCAUCGAGAACUCUAUCGAGGGCUUGAACCUAUCAACUUUGGGCUCCGUCGGUGGUGCCUUGAGUAUUAUCGGUAACGAAGAGUUGACCGAAGCCAACUUCAGCAACUUGACCCAAAUUGGUGGUGCUUUGCUCAUUGCCAACAACACCAAAUUGGUCCAAAUCGACGGUUUCAGCAAUUUGAAGACCGUUGGUUCCGCUUUGAACGUUAUCGGUAACUUUUCCGACUUGGACUUGAGCUCUUUGAAGUCCGUUAAGGGUGGUAGUGAUGUCGAGACCAAGUCUUCCAACUACACCUGUGACGCUUUGAAGAAGUUGCAAAAGAACGGUGGUAUCCAAGGUGACGCUUUCGUUUGCAAGAACGGUGCUACUUCUACUUCUAUCAAGUUGUCUUCUACUUCCGGUUCUUCCACCGCCUCUGACAGCGACGACUCAAGCUCUUCCGGUUCUUCCGGUAGCGCUUCUGCCACUGCCACCAAAUCUUCCAGCUCUUCCAAAUCCAAGGGUGCUGCUGCUGGUCAAGUUGUUCCUGCCUCCUCUUUCAUGGGUGCCGUUGCUGCUGUUGCCGUUGCCCUAUUGUAA